AUAGCUAAUUAUGAGAGGAGGCAGCUUUUCCUAUCCCUCCACUCCUUACUAUCUCUUCAUUCAGUCCUGCAGGGCGUAAUGUGUACAACAAACUAUCAACGAUAACAAGUCGUUUCUUCUGCUAGCGUUACGGAUAAAUCUGGAUCAACGGUGGGUUAAUUUGGUGUCUACAAGAGAGCAGAAUGUCCAAUAACAUGGCCAAGAUUGCAGAUGCACGAAAAACAGUGGAACAAUUGAAACUAGAGGUUAAUAUUGACAGGAUGAUGGUAUCUAAAGCAGCAGCGGAGCUGAUGGCUUACUGCGAGUCCCAUGCAAAAGAGGACCCCCUGCUGACCCCCGUACCAUCCUCAGAAAACCCCUUCAGAGAGAAAAAGAUUUUCUGUGCAAUUUUGUAGUUUUUAUUUUUAGACCAUAAGGUUUAUUGUAUUAUUUUCUAAGAUAUUCCUAAGAGAUUUUUUUGCUGAUUCCCCCACAUCUCCCUAUAUGUUGUAGGCUACUACAAGAGCUGUGAUAUUUCAGGAUUCUUUGUGUUUUGGAAUUUUCAUUCAUCCAGGUCAUUGUAUAAAUUAUAAUUUAGACUUUAUCGAUAUAUUAUUUUUCCUCAUGGUGGCGCUACAGUUUAAAAAUGUCUGUUAAUCGCCAUUCACCCAUACAGCUGUGUGUUUGGUGCGGUUGCUUAGCCUACAACAGCAAUAAAACAAGAGAGAGCAAAGUUCA